AUGAAGGGCUACCCUGAGGAGGAAGAGAUGCUGGAGAUCGGCACCUUCCAGCGCCGAAACCAGCCAUCUCCUCCAGAAGACUAUCACUCACAGUUCACGCGGCCAGUACGGCCGAACGCCCGGUACCCGAGGCCCUCGUCUUUCAACCAGCUCCCCGAGGAUACCGUCUCGCCCAGCUGGCCCCCGUCCAUUGCGGGCCGGUCCGACUCGCAGACGCUGGUCGACGGCCACGAGUCUCGUGCGAGCCUGCGGUCGUGGCGGACAGGAAACCAGACACCAGUCGAUUCGUCUGCCUCGCCGAGAUACCUGCCGUUUGCCGAUUCGGGUCCCACGACGCCCAUGAAUCAGAGCCACAUCAGCCUCGCCGCGCUGCUGCCCGGUGGCCCGCAGCACCCGCCCAGUAAGGACUGGAGCGUUUCGUCGACCGAGGCCACGAUCCAGGUCAUUGACGAGCGCGACGAUGCCGAGAUCUGGAAGGGCUGGAAGCGCUACCUGUACAAGCUGGUGCCGGUCUUGACGUUCACCAACACGGCCCUGUACCUGCUGUAUCUGGGUUUGCGCAUCGCCUGCGUCAUCUGGGCCCAGAAUGACUACCACACGACCUUUGCCGCUGCCUGGAUCUUCAUCGCGGUCGAGAUCGCCGUUGCCAUACCGUCGCUCAUGCACAACAGCUGGACCAUGAUGUCAAUGAAGAAGCGCCGGAGGCAAAGGCUGCGCCUCAAGGGCACCGACGUUCCCACAGUCGAUGUGUUUGUGACGUGCUGCGGCGAGGAUGACGAUCUCGUUCUGGACACGGUUCGUGCUGCCUGCGACGUGGACUACCCCUCCGACCGCUUUCGCGUCAUUGUUCUCGACGAUGCUAGGUCCGCGCCGCUCGAGGCCGCUUGCUCUCGCCUCAGCGCGAUGUGCCCGAAUCUCUUCUACAUGGCCCGUGAGAAGAUCCCCGGACAGCCGCACCACUUCAAGGCCGGCAACCUCAACUUUGGACUCGAGCAGUCGAAUCUGCUUCCCGGUGGCGCUGGCCAGUUCAUGGCCGCAUUGGACGCCGACAUGAUUCCCGAGCGUGACUGGCUUCGCGCCGUUUUGCCCCAUCUCAUGGUGGAUUCCAAGAUGGCUCUCGCCUGCCCGCCCCAGCUCUUCUACAACACGCCUCCGUCGGAUCCGCUCGCGCAGAGCCUUGAUUUCUUCGUCCACGUUAUCGAGCCCAUCAAGGACACGCUCGGCGUCGCCUGGUGCACCGGAUCCGGCUACGUCGUGCGCCGCGAGGCCCUCGAGGAAAUCGGCAACUUCCCGCUCGGGUCUCUUGCCGAGGAUGUGGCCACCUCGACGCUCAUGCUCGGCAAGGGCUGGAAGACGGCUUACGUGCAUGAGCCUCUCCAGUUCGGUACGGUCCCCGAGGAUUUCGGCAGCCACCUGAAGCAGCGCACGCGGUGGGCCAUUGGAACCGUCGACACGUCGUUCAAGCUCAAGUUCUGCCUCUGGGGCGAGAAGGUGCGGCAGAUGACGUUUGCGCAGCGCUUCUCGGGCUUCCUGUACGCAUCGCUCAGCAUGUAUACGAUCCUGCUUACGAUUUCGCUCUUCGCCAUCCCCAUCAUUCUCAUCAUGGGCAAGCAGCUGGUUGCGUACGCGACGCAGGAGCAGCUGCGCUGGCUCGUGCGAACGUGCUUUGCGGCCACAAUUUCGAACCGACUGUGCGAGUUUGUCCUUUUCAUCCCCGCGGGCUACCACACGGGCCAGCGCGGCUCGCGCUACCAGCUGUGGAUGUCUCCCUACAUCGCGCUGUGCCUGAUCCGGGCCUUUGUUCUGCCCAAGUGGCUCGGCGGUGAGGUCCAGGCGUUCAAGCCGACAGGUUCGCUGGCGUCGGCGCUCAAUGAGCGUGACCCGGUGCUCAAGAAGAACAUGCUGCGCCGUCUCUGGGCGAUCCUGGUCAACUACAUGGCCAUUUUCCACCUGGCGUUUGUGUACCUGACGCUGGUGGCGGUGGUGCUGACGUCGUUCCGCUGCUUUGCGCUGCAGGAGAGCACCCGAGACCUGCUGCAGUGCCUCAUCACGCACGCCUUCUGGCCGCCGUUGACAUUCAUCUUCAUCUGCAGCUCGCUCUGGACGCCGGUUGCCUAUGCCAUCGACCCGCCGAUGAUGCCGGACCGCGAGCAGUUGUUGGAGCGCGACCCUAAGACGCUGGUGGCGCACCCGACGCGCAAGAGCAAGAAGAUUGCGUUUGGCGGACAGGCGGCGUGGUUCGAGUUUGAGCUCACGUUUUCGACACUGUACACGUGCCUGAUUUUUGUCGCCUCAUUCUUUUUCUAG